UCAGAUGCAUUAGAUGCAUACAUUCCAUGUGCAUCUGAAAAUUGUUCUUGUUACUUUGAUGUAAUAGCUCAUGAUUUGAAACCUUUUGAGAAAGGGAUAUCUAAAAAAAUGAUUGAUCGAAUACAAGACAGAGGAACGAAAUACCAAAUAAUUAAUCAUAAAUUGUAUCGCCAAUCCAACUGUAUGUUUCCUUCACGCUGUGCAGGAAUUGAACAUUUUUUAUCAAAGAUCAUAAGUAAAUUACCUGAUUUAGAAAUAAUUAUAAAUACUCGAGAUUGGCCACAAAUAUCCCGAAACAUGAAAGAUGUAGGUCCAGUAUUUUCAUUCAGUAAAACAGAUGACUACGUUGAUAUUAUGUAUCCGGCAUGGUCAUUUUGGGAAGGGGGUCCUGCAAUUUCAAUUUACCCAACAGGGCUUGGUCGGUGGGAUAAUCACAGGAAAUCAUUAAAUAAUGCUGCAAAAAAAUUUCCGUGGAAGAAGAAACAAUCUCGUGGCUUUUUCCGAGGUUCUCGUACUAGUCAUGAACGGGAUGCACUAAUUUUAUUAUCGAGAGAUGCACCAGAAUUAGUUGAUGCACAAUAUACUAAAAAUCAAGCAUGGAAAUCUAAAGCGGACACUUUAGGUGCCGAUCCUGCUAAAGAAGUAUCAUUAGAAGAACAUUGUAAAUACAAAUAUUUAUUUAAUUUUCGUGGGGUAGCAGCUAGUUUUCGGUUGAAACAUUUGUUCUUAUGUAAAUCAUUAGUAUUUCAUGUAGGUAAUGAUUGGAUAGAAUUUUUUUAUUCACAUUUAAAACCAUGGGUUCAUUACAUUCCAAUUGAUCGAAUGGCAACACAAAAUGAUAUACGAAUUCUUUUAAAUUUUGUUCAAAAUCAUGACGAUGUUGCUCAAGAUAUAGCUGACCGUGGAUAUCAAUUUAUUUGGGAUCAUUUAAAAAUGAGUGAUAUUACAUGUUAUUGGCUACAAUUAUUGAAAAUGUAUUCAGAGUUACUUAAAUACAAACCGAAAUUAGACCCGACUUUAAUAGCUAUUUAAAUAAAAAGGCUUAUUAUUAGCAAA